GGACGGCCGCCCCACCCGCGCCAACUCUUGGCCUCACCUCAUGUUCGUUUCUUCUGCCUCGACGUUUAAACCUCCAUCCCCCCCCGUCGUCCUUUUUUCCGCUACCCCGGAUUUUCUCCCCCAGCCUCUUUUCCCAUGUGCCUCUCAAACUAAGAUCGCGUGCGCCUUGCAGACACAGCCGGUCACAGCAGAUGUCCAUCCGAGCCCAGGCCGUCUGUAGCGCCUCGUUCCGGCCGCUCUUCCUCGCCUGAGUCCUCGCGCAAAACCAGGCGCAUCCAUGCUUGCCGUGCGGCAGCCCCUCAGCAGGAUGGGAUCGUCACAGCCCGAUUCCGAUCCUUUCCAGAUGCCCUUCGGAUAUUCCGUCGAUGGCACUCAAGAGCCUCUCUUCGAACCCCCCGAACCCGCGCCCGGCGCUCCCUUGCUGAGCGAAACGGACAACAAGUUUCUCAGCGACUUCUUCGACGACGUGGCCGCAAACCAGUACAACAUGCCGUCCUUUGGCGAAGGCCUGAACUUCAAUGCCUGGUUCGACCUGCCUCCCCAGUUCAUGGGAACGGCGACAUCAUACGGAUCACAGGCAUCCGCGCCUGUUGGCCCCGAAUCGCAUUUGACCUAUUCCAACGACUCCCACAACCCUCACGUCGCCAUUUCCGGCUCACAUCUAAUGCCGCCGCCGCCGCCUCCUCCCUCUCAGUCGACUUCUUAUCAACAGCACCCGUCCGACGAUGUCCUGAACGCCGCCGCCACGCUGAUGCAGAACGGUUCCGGGUUGCGCGGAUCUCACAAGAACCCUGAUCCAUCUACUCCACGGCGGCCCCUCGGCCCCCCCGUCGGCCAUCUGCGCCACCAGCCCUUGGAAGAGUUCAGGGAGGAGAGCCGCAAAAGCAUGGCGCAAACCGAGGUUGACAACACCUUUGCAGAAUGGAUGUGGGGCUCCAAAGGACGACAGAACUCUACGCCACGGGCCAUUCCCGUGGAUUACCAAUGGGGCUCCGAUUCCAACUUUAACCUUCACCAGGGCUACACGCCAGGGGCGAACAAGGAGACUGUCGAACUCCAGCAGCAGGAGCAGCUCAAGUGUCUUGAGUGCUUGGAACCCAACAAGAGCGCUGCGACGACGCGUCCUAGCAGUCCGACGAAUAGCCAGUCUACUUUCUCGUUAGGCCUACAGAGAGAUGUAUCAGAGGCCGUAGAGAGAACAACCGACCACGACGACGACGCACCGCCUCGCAAAAGGAGAAAGAGCAAGAUCAAGAAGGAUAGCACAGAGGAGGGUGAGGACGAUAGCACCAACGGGACAAAACCUGCCGCGGUAAAACGGAGGAAGGCAAAGGGCGAUCGAAGCGGCUCCAUCUCGUCUCCUCCCACGGAUGCUGGUAGUACGGGCAAGCGGCGGAAGUCAGCCUUGGGCGGAGUCAAGACACCGCGAGAAAACCUAUCGGAGGAACAAAAACGAGAGAACCACAUUCGAAGCGAGCAGAAGCGCCGAACUCUAAUCAAGGAAGGAUUCGACGACUUGUGCGAAAUCGUCCCGGGACUCAGAGGAGGCGGCUUCAGCAAAAGCACCAUGCUGACGAUGACGGCAGAGUGGCUGGAAGAGCUUUUACUGGGCAACAGGGAAUUGACUGCCCAGCUUGCCGCCAUUGAAGGACGAUGAGUGAUAUCCGAGCGUUUGAAUACCUGGAGUCUGGGCUUUGAUGGUUGCGAGGCGUUUUGUGCUCUUUACACUUGGAGAGAGAAAAGGCGGCAGUGGUAUAAUGUGUGGUUUGAUGAAAACGAAGGAAUGAGGCUUCUGUGUA